UGCUCCUUUCUAUUAAACCCUUCCUCCUCCCAAAAACAAACAACUCCAAACGCUCUCAAACCGCAGCGCGCGCGCGGGGUCCUCCGACCUCCGCAAACCCCCCACUCGGGGCGGCGGCCGAUUCCGAUGAUUUCUGAACCUCACGCCCUGCCUCCUCCGCCUCCUCCCCCUCCUUCCUCGGUGGCCAUGAUCAUGCCUCCUAACCCUCUCUUCAAGCAGAAGUCGUGGUCUCCCGAUGCCUACCGCGACGAGGCGUGGCACCGCCGCAAAAGCAACAGCAGGAAGCAAAAGCAGCGGAGCAAGAGCGUCACCGACGAAGACCUUGAUGAGUUGAAAGCGUGUAUCGAGUUGGGGUUCGGGUUUGACCCGCCAGAGGAGGAGGAGAGUGCCGACCAACGACUCUCCGAUACUCUUCCCGCUUUGGGACUCUACUACGCCGUCAACAGAAGCUACAAGUCUUCCACCACUCCGACGUCGUCGUUCUCGCCUACACCUUCGGAGUGCGACUCCCACUCCCCCAUCGGCAGCCCCCACACCAUAUAUGGUCCCGGGGAUAAUCCACAGACGGUGAAGGCAAGGUUGAAGCAAUGGGCGCAGGUGGUUGCUUGCACUGUGAGGCAGAGUUCGAGCUGAUGAUAUCAGGGGUCAAAACGUCCGUGGUUAAGUCUGAACCAAACCAGGGUAUCAAUGUAACCAAACACAUCACCAUCAAAGCUCAAUGAUAUGAUUCUAAUUUUCUACUCCCACCGACUCUGGUCGAUAAAAAAUAUAGCCGGGGGGAACUUAAAGAAUGUAGUAGUAGAAGUAAUAUUUGGUGAACCAACUUGUACUACUGGGAUUGACCUUUUGCUUUUGUUUUUGCUUUAUUGGUAACUGGCAAUUGGCAAAUGUUCUAUU